GUUUAUACAUGUAUAUAAUCCCAGAGCUGACCCAGAAAAGUAACUCCGGUGACGGUGACACGUACUAGAAACUCAUCUCGCUCGCUCCACAGUGCACUAAUUCGAUGAAAUACAUGUACCUGGAGCAUCGCCUUUGGAAGUAAAGACGGAAAUCCAAUACCAGAAGCAGAACUCAGUAGAACUUCAGAGCAAGGACAAUUAGCUGGGUGACAGAGAAGCAAUGGCAGACCACAUGAUGAUGCCCAUGUCCCACGGCCCUGCAACGGCCCUCCACGGCUACAGGAUGGGUGGUAUGGGCGGCCCUCCUCAGCACGCCGUGCCCCAGCCUGGCCUCCGCACCCUCCCCAACGGCCAGGUCAUGCACUACGGCAGAGUGCCGCAGACCUCCAUGGAGGCCGCCAUGAGGCAGCGGCCCGGACUGGGGAUGGUGGGGCCGGCUGGGAUGAACGGUCAGGUGAACAGCCAGGUCAACGGGGCUCAGAUGGGAGGACACCACCACCAGAUGAACCAGAUGAUGUAUAACCAACAGCAUCAACAACAACAGCAACAACAACAACAACAACAACAACAACAGCAGCAGCACCACAUGCAACAGCCCCAGCACCCCCAGCAACAGUACCACCCCAGUGGGCUCACCUCCCAGCAGCUCAUGGCCUCCAUGCACCUCCAGAAACUCAACACCCAAUACCAUGGACAUCCACUGGGGCCGGUCCAGGGCCAUCACAUGGCCAACGGGGCCCAGUACAGAGUAGGGCCGGGUCAGCUGGCCAGCAUGCAGCACAUGGGUCAGGGUGGGCCAGGUAUGGUGCUGGGACAGAAUAUGGACAUAGACCUCAUAGAUGAGGAGGUUCUGACAGCAUUGGUGUUGGAGCUGGGUCUGGACCGGGUUCAGGAGCUCCCGGAACUGUUCCUGUGUCAGAACGAGUUUGACUUCAUCCCUGACUUUGUUUCUAUGAAACAGCAGCCGAGCACCGUGAGCUGCUGAGGGAUACACAACAGCCAGACGAAGAAAGACGCUGUAAGAACAGGCCGGCGCCCAGAGAAAGACUGAACCACAAACUAGACUAGCCACAGCAGCACAUACAAGAGGAUACAGACUAUCUCUCUGUUCUGUGUGAGUUUAGGCUAUCUGUCUGUGACCAUGUAUAUUAGGCCUACAGAACACACUGACCUACUUGUGAAUAGUAGGCCUACCUGUUUUUAAGAUGAAUUGUAAGGACAGAAAGAAAGGAGGAAUAACAAAAACUUGCUCUGCAUCAGGCUGGCAUGAGAUCUGAGCUCAGUCAGCCCAGCCACAGGUUGGCGCUCUCUCUGACGCAGUGGCCUCUGUCUAAUCUGUACUGCCUUCCGUCCUGCCUCUGGGCUGCCACCCAUGUCAUAGUGUACUGUGUGUGCUGAGUUCUGUGGGAUGAUUGUAGACUCAUUCAGCAGGACGGGAAGACGAGACAGACAAGCUGAGACAAUACAAAGAAAGACUAUCUUGCUUCACCUGGGACUACUAGAUUCGAUCUAUGGCUUAUAGAAAUGUAUUUAUUUAUGAAUUCACCCCACCAAGUAGUUAGCGGACAUUUGACAAAGUGAGUUGUUAAAGAAGUUGGUCGUCUGAUUAUGAAUUAGGCUGUUGGGGGGGAAAGAGUUGUUCAAAAAGAUGCCUAACUAUAUUGUGUGUAUGUUGAAGGCUGGUUCUUCAAAACAGGCUUGGAGGAUUUCUUCCUCGUUACCUUAACAUUUCCUUCAGUAAGAGCCUGGGGUUAGGUUUUGUUGGGUGGAUGGGGUUAGUCUCUGAUUGGUUGGGAGUUAACUGUGUUAGCCUGGGGAUCUGGUUCCUCUUCCUAACAUCAUCUGAUGACAUCAUCAGAACAACAUUCUAUUUAUCAUUAGGCUGCAGUUAUACGGAGCAAUUUUCACGCAACUUUGGUAGCAUGCAAUUGAGUUGCUUCUUGAUCGCUUCGUGAAACACCCUCUGCAAUUAAUAAGCAACUCAGUUGUAUCCAGUUGCAACGUUUCAACUUUUUCUACUUGUUGCAAGCAACAGCCAAUCAAAACAAAUGCUUUUGUCACAUGAUCCAUUUUAAGGUUCAGAACUUUGAGCCACUUGUCAUGUCAACAGUCAACAGUCAGUCAGUGCUGCGGGAACCGUGAUCAAGGUAGACAGAAGAGACAUUUGCCAAACGGUAGCUGUGUAAUUAAAUAUUGGCAUCAGGGCUAGUUAAGGUUUAUGUACAUUUAUAUACAUGCUUUGGCAGUCAAUACAUGUAAUUUUUUAAGUGAACCCAGACCUCUUGGACACGUUUCAACUGAUAUUUUGUUUCCGCAUGAACUGCACUAGCUCGCUAGUUAGCUUAGUUUGUUGCUAGCUUGGUUAGCUCGUUGCUGGCUAACUUGAUAAAACAGUGCUGGCAAUUUCAUUUUGGCAAGCUAAUUAAAAUGUACUGCCAGCAUUUUGGCUAAAUCAAUCUUUAUAGAAUAAGCAAAUGGUUGGAUAAACUAAUAAUUUAUGAAAUCAAGAUGUAAUGCAGCAGAUGACAUUGGGUGAGUUUAGAAUUCUCAAACCAUAUUGAAUGAUAAAACAAAAGCAGCUUCAAUUUGAUUGGCUGUUGCAUACAAUUUAAAUUGCAUUUGAGUUGCUUUGUGUAUCAGCCAAGUUGCUUGAAAUGAUGUCUCUUGCAACCUGCAACUGCAAAUAAAGUUGUGUGAAAGUUGCUUUGUGUAACUCCACCUUAAAAACGUACGUUUCUUUGAAUAUUACAUGUCCUCAGUUUAAUCACUGGCAAAUUAGUGCAGCACAUACACAGUAACAUCUCUAUACUAAGAGAACUACAAACACACCACGCCUGUCUUAGAAUACUGCUCUGAACACUGAGGGUCAGCUUCUACAGUCAAACAGCUAGAUACUCUGUUUCAGUAGAGUCUUAAUGACUACUUUAUAUUGUAUCUCUACUGGUGGGCCGAGGGAAUACACUGGAUAGUAUUUAAGGAACAACACACAUAACAUAACGGGGCGCUAUUUUCUGUACAUGUCUGUGACUGGCACAGAAAGCAAGGCAGGGGGAAAACCAGUACCUCUCUAGUCAGUCGCAGGUCAUUCCCUGAGUCAUAGAGCUCACUUUAGACUUUUAACAACAUUGACCGUUAAAAGACAAAAACACAAAGUGUUGGACUGUGACAAAUACAUUCAUCUAGCGCUGUAGCUGGGGGGAAACCUAACCUCCACUGAAUAUUUACUUAGUCAUUUAUUGAUGUCAAUGGGAGACCAAGUGAACAUUUGAUUUAAGUAGAAGUUAGGAUUUGCCCAUCUGUGCGUGAACAUCUUGUAUGUGCAGCUUGCAAGGUUCUUCUUUAAGGGGAAGUGACUUGGUUUGGUCCUCUGACUUAAGCUUGGCCAAUGUGCUGACUGGGUAUGAAGACCUGGACAGUGAGGCUGCUUCAACUGCCUUGAACUGUAGACAACGUUCAUUAGUCCAGUCUGUGGACACAGCAUAGUGCUAGGCACUACUCUGGCAGUACUUGGUUGGUUUAAUCGUUGUUUAAAGUUGCCUCUCUUUACCUGUGGCAUUGAUUUCAUUACCGAAGGGCCAAACUCAACAGGGCAGAGCAACACAGACAUGCACGCACUCACACGCAGGUUGGUUGCUGUUUCCAUAGAUUUGCUUACUCGGCUGGUUCUCCUGUUUAGAUUUAAAUGACCAGUUCACACACGCUUGUCUUAAUUGAGGUCAUCCAGCAUGACAGCCCCAAUGACUUGGUAAUUAGAGAACUUGGCACUCAAAAGUAGGGUGCUCUAUAUAGGGAAUAAGGUGCCAUUUUGGACGCACCCAUGGUAAUUAGAAAACGGUCUUUUUCUGUGGUGGUGCAGUGUUCUUUCCCCCUGGCCCAUGUGCAUAAUGAUGUUUUUGCAAGGUUACUGCUCCAGUGACUAGUACGAGAACUUCCUGUCCUGUUCUGUUGUUGAGUUAUUUGUGGAGAUGUCAGAACAGGAGCAGUGAGGAGCAGUGAGGGGUUGAAGAGAGGAUUGGGGGAAGGGGAAAGCUUCCCUCUGUAAUGCACGAGUUGUAGUAAUCUGUUCCCAUACUAGAGCUACACUCACUGGUCUCUCAGCUCUUUUUCUAGCCUGGAAUCCAAAGGGAAUAUUGCUGUAUUUCACGAUUGUUUCACUUCACUGAAUCUGUGAAAUAAAAUGCAUAUAUUCCAUUUGGAUUCCAGGCUACUCUUAACCCCCUCUCCCUCCUGGAGAUCUGCCAUAUUGCAGAGCUCUGAGCACAAACAAACAAUGGACAACAGAAAUUACACUCAUCGUGGCAAAGGCCAACCAUGGACAUCCACUGGGGCCGGUCCAGGGCCAUCACCUGGCCAACGGGGCCAGUACAGAGUAGGGCCGGUCCAGGGCCAUCACCUGGCCAACGGGGCCCAGUACAGAGUAGGGCCGGUCCAGGGCCAUCACCUGGCCAACGGGGCCAGUACAGAGUAGGGCCGGUCCAGGGCCAUCACCUGGCCAACGGGGCCCAGUACAGAGUAGGGCCGGUCCAGGGCCAUCACCUGGCCAACGGGGCCAGUACAGAGUAGGUCCAUGCCAGCUGGCCAGCAUGCAGCACAUGGGUCAGGGUGGGCCAGGUAUGGUGCUGGGACAGAAUAUGGACAUAAUUACCAUAUCUUGUAAUUUCCUGUGGUCGGUUUAUCUGUUACCAGGCUAUUUAUGGCUAACUUGGUCUUAUAUCUGUCUAGAUAUGGGACCAGGCUUUUUAGGGCAGGUUCACAACCCCUCAUGAAAAAGUAAUCCAUCACAAUCUGAAAAUAACAUAUUUUUAUUUGUCUUUUAAGGCUUAGAGAGAUAGUAGCCUCUCAAAGUCAUUUGAUCACAACUAUAUCAAUAAUAUUUCAGCCUUCUUGUGUAUGGUGUCUAUGUACUGUAGAUUAGAGGUAAAGUUGACAUAAUUAAGGUACUAUUCAAAAAAACAUUGUCAGAUAUAAUUGUUAUUAAAGGCUGAUGUUGAUGUGUUUAAUGACAAGAGAUUAGGGUUUAUCAUCCAUUUGACAAACAGGAGUGUUGAUAUAAAUCGGUUGCCUGGUAAAACCAGACUGAAUGCUGGGCUAACCAUUAAGUGUGGCAUUCAGUCUGGUUUACACAGGCUAACAAACAGUCACACUAUAAUAAGGGUUUGGGUACAGGACAGGCCUGAAGCUUUAAGACCUAGUAGACUGCAUGUGAACAUUGUGAAAAGAGAUGUGAUGUCACCACUUUUCCACACAUCCGCUGAGAAUGUACAGCAGAACGGAAUGCAAUGUGGGAGCUGAAGUCUUAAGAUGGUGGAUACAUUUGUGAGAUUGUAUUGUAAAAUCCUUGUUCCAAAUUGCUCCACUUCAUUUGGGGGUAACCCCCCCACCUCCCAACCCCCAAAGGCUUUUUUAAUGUUAUUGAUUCUAUUUUAAGAAAAUGUAUUUAUUUUCAACAACAAUAAAAUAUUUAUUUAAAGAA